GCCCAAUACAAUGCCAGGCACCAAAGAGGUGUUCGACUUCGAUAUGAACUUCAUGGACGACUUCCUGAACAUGACGGAUCCACCACUGAUGGAUGAGAUGGAGACAGACUUUGACAAACAUGUUGGAGGACUUACCCCAAUCGUGCCCGACUAUGACGCCUGGGCACUGCAGCUCUCUCACUGCCCGACUUUCCAAGACGACAACUCGAUGUCGAGCCCGCCGGCAAUGGUCUUCCCACAACGAAUCACUUACAUGUACGAGCAGCCAUCACUUGCCCAAACCAGUCCAGAGAUGUUGAUGCUUCGGUUUGAUCGGCUGACCUGUGGUAUCCUUUCGAUCAAGGAUGGGCCAAACGAGAACCCUUGGCGUACGUUGAUCUGGCCAAUGGCUCAGACCUCACCAGCGCUUUACCACGCCAUCUCUUCAAUGACUGCAUUCCAUUCUUCGCGUGACAUCCCCGCUCUUCGUGUGGCCGGCCACGAGCACAAGAGUGAGAGUGUGCGUAACCUGCUCGAAGGCAUUGAGGAAAGUACCAUGAAUUUGGACACAGCCAUUGCCACCACCCUUGCUCUUGCUUUCGCAGAGACUUGGGAUCAACACCUUUCCAGCGGUAAUGAUCACAUCCAGGGUGCUCGAGCAAUGAUCAACAUUGCCCUGAACCAGCACAAGCAGUCGGCUUUGACCGGGUUGAACCUUGCCAGGCUGAAGUUCCUUGCUAACGCAUGGGUCUACCUGGAUGUUCUCUCUCGCGUGACGACAGCUGAUGAGGACACGUCCGAUGACUAUGACAACCUGUACUGUCUCUACAGUACACCAGACAGUCCUCAGAUUGGGCCUUCAGGUCAUGCAGGGUUUGGCAUCGACUUCGGUUUGCCGAUUGAUUCUAACCUUGACCCUCUCAUGGGAUGUGCAAGCACUCUGUUCCCAUUGAUCGGUCGUACAGCAAACCUCAUUCGCCGAGUUUAUCGCGCGGAGUCGAACUCGCCUCCCAUGAUUAGCCAAGCGAUGGAACUGAAGCUUAUGCUCGAAACAUGGGAACCACCGGCGUUCAUUGAACCACCGGAAGAUCCUACAUGUGACGUGCGACAUGCAUUGCAGACAGCAGAGGCAUACCGUUGGGCUACACUUUUGUACCUGCACCAAGCACUUCCCGAGAUCCCUGAACGUCUCUCAACAGCCGACAUGGCGAAGAAGGUUCUUGUGUUUUUGGCCACAGUCCCUCUUGCCAGCCGUUGUGUCAUCAUUCAUGUCUACCCUCUCUUCAUGGCCGGCUGUGAAGCCGAUGUCGAAGAGGACAGACAAUGGAUCAAGAGCCGCUGGGCUGCCAUGUCUCAACGUAUGAGAAUCGGCAUUAUCGACAAGUGUGUCGAUGUGAUGGAAGAGGUCUGGCGCAGAAGGGACGAGUACAAGAACAAAGUCUUGCCCGUGAGGCGAAGCCUUGUUGCGACUGCAGAUCUGCAGGCUCCGGGAGGCAACAACAGACCAUCAUCAACCAGACGUGGCUCAUCUUUCAACAGCAUUGCAGGUGCCAGUGAGGGUACCAUGGCUUGGGCGGACAAGCUGCGACGCAUGACCGGCGGUGAUCCGGGUCAAAUGGACGCUGCUUCCAUCUCAUGCCGAGGAUCACGCGAUGCGGUGAAUGGUGCGACAGGCACGCUGCUCACAGUACGCGGACGGUUGCAUUGGAUUGGUGUGAUGAAGGAUUGGGGCUGGGAAGUGCUGCUUGGAUGAAAAUGCUGCAUGGAUUGAUGUCGCCUGGGUGUCUGUCGCUUGGAUGGACGUGAUGUUGCUGUGAUAGCUUGCCCGGACAAAACGUUACGUGAACAGAAAUUGCUUGGAUAUUGGUGGGCGCUUGGUAGCGGAGUUGGUUGAGGUGUC